GCCCAGUCGCGCGCCUCGCUCCCCUCGCUUGCUAGCUCACUCGCUCGCGGCCCCGCAGGACCCCUCGGGCGCGGCGGGAGGCGCCCCGGCGGCGGCGGCGGCGCGGAGCAGCGCAGGAGCGGGCGGCCAGACGACCGCGCGGUGGCCAGGCGGGCGGAGCCCGGCGCUUGUACCCCGCGCCCGGCGCGCCCCGGCCGCCGCCAUGAGUGGCUCCUCGGACCCGUAUCUGGGCAGCAAGAUCAGCCUCAUCUCCAAGGCGCAGAUCCGCUACGAGGGCAUUCUCUACACCAUCGACACCGACAAUUCCACCGUGGCGCUCGCCAAAGUGAAGUCCUUUGGUACUGAAGACCGUCCCACAGAUAGGCCUGCUCCCCCAAGAGAGGAAAUUUAUGAGUACAUCAUUUUCCGGGGAAGUGAUAUCAAAGAUAUUACUGUGUGUGAACCUCCGAAAGCUCAGCACACACUCCCUCAGGAUCCUGCUAUUGUCCAGUCUUCCCUGGGCUCUGCCUCUGCCUCGCCCUUCCAGCCGCAUGUGCCUUACAGCCCCUUCAGAGGAAUGCCGCCCUACGGCCAGCUGGCGGCCAGCUCCCUGCUGGGCCAGCACUACGCUGCCUCCUUAGGUCUAGGAGCUGGUUUUCCAUCUGCCUCUGUCGGCAAGAGCCCCAUGGUGGAACAGGCUGUCCAGACUGGUUCUGUUGAUAACCUGAAUGCCAAAAAGCUGUUACCUGGCAAGGGCACCUCGGGGAUGCAGCUUAAUGGUCGCCAGGCGCAGCCAAGCAGCAAGAACACCAGUGAUGUAGUCCAGCCUGCAGCUGUGCACACUCCAGGGCAGGUGAAUGAUGAGAACAGAAGGCCUCAGAGGCGGCGGUCAGGGAAUCGGCGAACAAGGAAUCGCUCCAGAGGACAAAACCGCCCGUCUAAUGUCAAGGAAAAUACAAUCAAGUUUGAAGGCGACUUUGAUUUUGAGAGUGCAAAUGCCCAGUUCAACAGAGAGGAGCUUGAUAAAGAAUUCAAGAAGAAACUGAACUUUAAAGAUGACAAAGCUGAGAAGGGGGAAGAGAAGGACCCGGCCGUGAUGACCCAGAGUGAUGAGACUCCUGCUGAGGAAGACCUUCUGGGGCCCAACUGCUACUAUGACAAAUCGAAGUCAUUCUUUGACAAUAUCUCUUCUGAACUCAAAACCAGUUCCAGGCGGACAACAUGGGCUGAAGAGAGGAAACUCAACACGGAGACCUUUGGUGUGUCAGGAAGGUUCCUGCGCGGCCGCAGUUCUCGUGGUGGAUUCCGAGGAGGCCGGGGCAAUGGGACAACCCGGCGCAACCCAACUUCUCACAGAGCUGGGACUGGCAGGGUGUAAGGCUGUAGCCGAAGGUGCUGCUGAAGAGGCACAAAAAAUGGCGCUGUGUGUAUAUAAAGACAUAAGGAAACGCUGCACUUACAGGGAGAAGUGGUCCCAUUGUUUACUGAGUUUGGAAAAUUCCCAUACUGCUCCUUAUGUUUUGGACUUACCUGAACUUAGACAUGGUCUGAGUUAGAACCACUUGUUUUUUUGGGAAGUAUUCAUGGGUAACCUCUUUGAGGUGUCUUGACCUACAUUUCCUUUUUGGUUGCGCACAGCCUAAAUCUAAGGUUUGGUAUUUUGCAAAAGGGUUUCUAUAGCAAACGCUUGAUCCUCACUUUGUGACUGUUUCUUUUUUUAUGACAGCUUUGACUUUUAAAAUGGAACCAAAUCUCAUUUGGCACACGGGGCCAAGUGCAUCUCUGUAACCCAUCUGGCCCCUGGUGCUGCUGGCCUGGCAUCCCCAUUGCCAAGGGUGGGGUCUCAGGAGAUAGUCAGGGCCAGCACAGGGUGGGCUG